AAUAAAAUCAUGGAAGAAACUUUCAGCCAAACUGAUAAAACUGAAUUCGAGCAGUUAUGUGAUAUUAUUAAAGGAAAAACACUGAAGGGAUGAACCAUUCUGUUGACUUUCUUCGUAAACUGUCAUGGGAAAAUUACUAACACGAGUUACUGAGACGAGGAAUCUUCUGGGUCCCAAUCAAAUGAUCUUCCUAAAGAAAGUAUCUCUGGUAUUUCUGUUGGCCAAGAAUUAGAAUCUGAGAAGAUCUUUGGAGAGGAAGAGGUAACUAAAGUAAAAAUGUUAAAACUCUUGAGCUAUCACCUAACAAAAUACCAAGUAACCUCAAUGUCUGGAAGAAUGUAUCUCCCUGAAGCUCGAGGAGGAACCAAGGUUUGUAAAGUAACCUACAGAGAUAAAUCAGUUGGAUAUUUUUCUAAAUAAAGAGCUUUGAAGGAUCCUUCGUGAAUCCAUAAUUGCAACCAACUUCCUCAUGCAUAAAGUGCCUAAGGAAAUGAUAUCUAUAAAAGGACUCCUGAGUGGCGAUACUUUCAAGCAUAAAGUUAGCUUAUCCAAAGAUAACACUUUUUCAUCACAUUUUUACUACAAAAAUCAGCUAAAAACACCAGAAACUGAGAAAGAGCGGAUGAUUGUGAAUACUAGUUUUGAAAUCAUCUCCAUCAUUGAAGAAACAACUGGAGGGAGAGUCACUUCUAUUGAGCUAGUUUAUUGCAGAACAAGGUAUACCUUUCAAAUAGAUAUCUAUAGAACCCAAAAGUUGUUUCUGGCAGACUGAAAUAACUUUGAAUUAAGCAAUUUAGAAGGACAAGGCAUUAGCAGUUUCAAAAAUUCUAAGAUUAUGGAAGUUUCAAGUGACUUAAUUGAUAAGGAAGAUAAGACUGCUCAUACAAUUGAUGAAUACUCUCUCCCAAAGGUCAAAUCUUUGCCAUCAAUUUCUCAGCUAAAUUCAUCUCCAAAAUAAUGUUUUCAGAGUCAGGAUUCCUCAUAUUAAAAAUAAGUAUGAAAUAAGGAGAGAUAAUUCACAGCUGAUGUCUGUUCAGGAUAAGUUUAGGUCAAGCCCUUCCAUUAGGCACCGAGUUUUUAGUCCUGAUGAUACAAGUCUCAGAAACACCACAUAUCAACCAUUCAACUUUCACAGAUUUAAAAACUUCGUAAACAAAAGAGAAAGAAAUAUCCAAUUUUCACACCUCCCGCCAAGCGCGACCAAGCCAGAAACAUUUGGAAAGUACCUAAAGGGAGAAUACGUUCACAAGAAUCAUGGUUUAGCAACUACUUUAGGUGUUCCAAAGUCUUUUCUCAAAUCUAAAAGACCUCAAAAAUACAUCGACAGAAUAAAGAUGCUAAGAGAGAUGUCCCUCUCCAAGUCAAGCAUUCCCCCAUAUGUCAGUAUUUUCAAGAAGAAAAAGUAAUUUUAGCACCCUAAGAUUUUAAUAACAAUACUUUCUAAAAUUUCUUUU